AUGCCACCAUGUGGUGUGGAGAUAAAAAGGCAGGAUAAAAUGACGACGUACACGGUACAACAAGAUUAUGUUCUUGUCAAGUUGAUUAGGUCAAAGAAACAAAAACCCUCCACCGAUGACUCUCACCCUCACCCUCUUCCUCUUAAUCCUCCAUUGACUGCCUCCGCCUCCUGCGAAGAGGUCCGAUCAAUCCUCAAGUUCAGAAAAGGCAUCAAAUCCGACCCUUCCGACGUCUUCUUCUCCUGGGUGCCCCAUGCCCCCGCCGAUGCCUCCGCCUGCCCUGACGAUUUCUACGGCGUCGUCUGCUACACCGCCGCCUCCGCCGUAGCGCAAAGUAACCCUGCGCCCUCCCCGUGCGCGCGCCAGCUCCAGCUAGCGUGCGCUAUAGCCCCUUAG